GAAACAUCAUCGAUAAAGCUCAAUCAAUUCACCCUCAAACGCGACUUCGCAGAAAAUCAAAUCUCGAUAACUUUACACUUCCCGCGUCUUUAUUAGUCAGGGUCCUCCUCUGAAUCACAGCCCUGUGGCCCAAGAUUUUACAGGAAUCAUCAUAUCAUCAACCACCACAAUGUCUGACGCCCCCUCCUCGAAGGUCUGGCUUGUCUCCAACGACAACGCCAAAAUCGAAGUCGAUCGCACCGUCGUUGAGCGCUCAAUGCUGCUGAAGAACAUGCUCGACGAUCUUGGUGAUGUCGACAUCAGCGCGGAUAACCCCAUCCCCAUUCCCAACGUCAACGAAGCCGUCCUCCGCAAGGUGAUCGAGUGGUGCGACCACCACCGUGGCGACCCUCCCCAAGCUGCCGAUGACGAGUCGGACGCCCGCAAGAAGACCACUGAUAUUGAGGAGUGGGACCAGAAGUUCAUGCAGGUUGACCAGGAGAUGCUCUUUGAGAUCAUCCUCGCCUCUAACUACCUCGACAUCAAGCCCCUUCUUGAUGUUGGCUGCAAGACCGUCGCCAACAUGAUCAAGGGCAAGUCCCCUGAGGAGAUCCGAAAGACAUUCAACAUCACCAACGACUUCACCCCCGAAGAGGAGGAGCAGAUCCGCCGCGAGAACGAGUGGGCUGAGGACCGUUGAAAUUGACCGGAUGAGUUCCAGAGAGGUUCAGGCAAUUGGCGUUUGGGUUUAUUGCGCGUUGAUUUGGCCACGGUUGGCACGCAAGGAGCAUGAAGAAACCUGUACCGGAGCAGCAUAGCUGCACUAGGCAGGCUCUUCUCAACACUCACACGACGCAAUAUUUCGGUUAACUAGUUUGCUCUUUGACUUGCGGCAGAGCGCUGGAGGCGUUCUCCGGGGUAACGACUACCUGUAGCAUUUAAAAAUAGAUGCGAACUCCCAACUUU